AAGAAGAUAUUCCCGAUAAUGUAUCUAUUGAACAAGAUAAUGAAAAUGAUCAACCUAAACCUAGAUCAGCAAAAUCUGGAGAUUAUGAAUUAUUUACUUAUAAACCUAAAGUGGAUUUGUCAUGGGAGGAAAUCAAAACGUCAUGGGAGAGCUUUUUUGGAACAUCUAAUGAAAUUGAUUUUGGCAUAACAAAAAAGUUCAUAAAAGAUGCAUUACGUGACAUACCAAAAUUAU